CUUGAUAAGCAACGUCUGCCGUCCUCCUCGCCUCAAGGACCUACCGAUCCGUCCGCUAGAACCCUAACCCUAGAUUUCUCUCUCUCUCGCUUCCUCCCCGAGCGGUCCAAUGUCGUGGUCGACCCGCUUCCUUACGGCGGUGGCGUUCCUCGCGGUCGGCGUCGUCUUCGCGCCGGACGUCCUCGGCUCGGGGCCGGAAUCCCCCGCGGGCGCCAUCACCGCCGUCAAGCUCUGCCACCUCCUCGCCUUCGCCACCGCCUGGGGCGCCGCACUGUGGGUCACCUUCAUCGGUGGCAUCAUCAUGUUCAAAAAUCUGCCGAGGCAUCAGUUCGGAAAUCUUCAGAGCAAGAUGUUUCCAGCGUACUUCACGGUGGUGUCUGUUUGCGCGGCGGUUUCGGUAGCGGCGUUCGCCUAUCUCCAUCCGUGGAGGUCGGCUUCAUCCAUCGACAAGUAUCAGCUCGGGUUCCUCCUUUCUGCGCUCGGCUUCGACCUCUCCAACCUGAUCGUCUUCACUCCGAUGACCAUUGAGAUGAUGAAAAAGCGGCACAAAGUUGAGAGAGAUCUAAGCAUUGGUGAAGAAAUUGGAUGGUCGAAAAACAUGGAAGUGGCAAAAACGAAUCCGCAACUCGCAGCUAUGAACAAGAAAUUUGGAAUGAUUCAUGGCUUGUCUUCACUAGCCAACAUCAUGGCAUUCGGCAGCCUUGCCAUGCACUCGUGGUACUUGGCCGGGAAGAUUCAAUUAUAAACAAAGCCAACGGUCGUCACGGAUUCUUUGAAUUGUUCAGUUGCCGGUAUGCCCAUUCUCUAUCUACUAUUUGUGGUGCUAAGCAAAGGUUCAUGGAAGCAUGACUUUACAUGUCCUAAGAUG